AUGACACAUGCCUGGGGUUCCUAUUUCACAGGAUCGAAACUUUGGUUCUAUUUUUUGUUUUGGGGUGCACAUAUUGCUAUAUUUGCAGUAGGCUGGUAUGAGUACUUACAGGCGGCAAACUCGAAACUAGAUGCUCUCAAUACCCUGGAAUUUUCAGUCUGGUUUUCCAGGGGUGCGGGCCUGGUACUCACUGUCGAUGGGGCUCUUAUUCUUCUGCCUAUGUGCAGGAAUAUCAUCAAAUGUAUCAGGCCGAGGAUACGAUGGCUUCCUUUGGACGAGACGGUGUGGUUUCAUCGCCAGGUAGCAUAUGCUCUGCUCGUUUUUACAGUCAUCCACACCGCUUCACAUUAUGUCAAUUUUUUCAAUGUUGAAAAGAACCAACUACGACCAGAGACGGCGGUUCAAAUACACUUCACACAAGCAGGUGGAAUAACAGGACAUGUUAUGCUGCUUUGCAUGAUGUUGAUGUAUACUACGGCGCACAAUCGGAUUCGUCAGCAGUCAUUUGAAACAUUCUGGUACACACAUCACCUAUUUGUGCCAUUCAUGCUGGCCCUCUAUACCCAUGCUACGGGCUGUUUCGUUCGAGAUACGGCGGAUCCGAUAUCGCCUUUCGCGGGUGAAAGAUUUUGGGACCACUGUCUUGGCUACGAAGGAUGGAGAUGGGAGUUGGUGGGAGGCGGACUUUAUCUCCUUGAAAGACUCUAUCGCGAAAUUCGAUCUAGGCGACACACUGUGAUUACCAAGGUGAUCCGCCAUCCAUAUGCAGAUGCCAUGGAGAUCCAGUUCCAGAAAGACAGUAUGAGGUAUAAAGCGGGCCAAUGGCUUUUCAUUCAGGUCCCCGAGGUGUCCAACACCCAGUGGCAUCCUUUCACCAUAACCUCCUGCCCCUUUGACUCAUAUGUCAGCGUCCACGUCCGCCAAGUCGGAGACUUCACCCGCGCCCUGGGAGACGCUCUAGGUUGCGGACCAGCACAGGCUCGGGAUCUCGAAGGGCUCGACCCGCUCGGCAUGUACGAAGUAGCUCUGCAGAACGGACAAAAGAUGCCCAAGCUCCGCGUGGACGGCCCCUACGGAGCGCCUGCCGAAGACGUCUUCGAGAACGAAAUUGCAGUCCUCAUCGGAACCGGCAUCGGCGUCACACCCUGGGCCUCCAUCCUCAAAAACAUCUGGCAUCUCCGAUCCGGCCCCAACCCCCCACGUCGUCUCCGCCGUGUUGAAUUCAUCUGGGUCUGCAAAGACACCUCCUCUUUCGAAUGGUUCCAAGCCCUCCUGUCCUCUCUUGAAUCUCAAUCCGCCUCCGCCGCCGCCAACGAGGGCCGCGCGGAGUUCUUGCGCAUCCACACCUACCUCACGCAACGUCUUGACGACGACACCGCCGCCAACAUCUAUCUGAACUCCGUCGGCCAGGACCUCGACCCUCUCACCGAACUGCGGAGUCGCACCAAUUUCGGCCGUCCCGACUUCAAGCGUCUCUUCACGGCCAUGCGCGACGGUCUUCAGGACCAAACCUACCUGUCCGGGUUGUACGGGACCCUGAACCGCCGCACCGAGAUUGGAGUUUAUUUCUGCGGCCCGAAUGCAGCGGCUCGACAGAUUCGAGAGGCCGCCGUGACGACCUCGACGAAAGAUAUUAAGUUCAAGUUCUGGAAGGAACACUUCUAG